AACCACCAGGUGUGGCCCAGAAAUAACAAAAACUAAAAACCAAUGGCAGCUUAAAAGACUGUAGGGUUAUUGCCUAAGUUAGGGGUAUAUUUCUCUUCCUCUCAACCUCUACUCUCCCCUUUACUCUAGUAGAAGGGUAAGUAAAGCGGUGGGGGGGGGGGCAUUCCCUCUGAAAGACUUCAGGUGACAUAACCUUGUUUAUUAACUUCCAGUAUUUUUGUUCUCCUCUUCUCUCUCCUCCUGCAGAAAUGGAGGCAAACGACCAUUUUAACUUUACUGGCCUUCCCCCUGCACCUGCUGCCUCAGGACUGAAACCCUCUCCCUCCUCAGGGGAGGGCCUCUACACUAACGGGUCUCCCAUGAACUUCCCUCAGCAAGGGAAAAGUUUGAAUGGGGAUGUGAAUGUUAAUGGCUUAUCUACUGUAUCUCACACUACUACUUCAGGGAUUUUGAACUCUGCUCCCCACUCCUCCAGCACCUCACACCUUCAUCACCCCAACGUGGCCUACGACUGUCUCUGGAACUACUCACAGUACCCUUCCGGCAGCAACCUCAAGGACCCACCCCUUCUCUCCCAGUUCUCGGGGGGACAGUAUCCACUCAACGGCAUCCUUGGGGGCAGUCGGCAGCCUUCAUCCCCAAGUCACAACACUAACCUUCGGGCUGGGAGCCAAGAGUUCUGGGCCAACGGUACCCAGAGUCCUAUGGGGCUCAACUUCGACUCACAGGAACUAUAUGAUUCCUUUCCUGAUCAGAAUUUUGAGGAGGUAGGCAGUGGAAUCCAUCCUGAUGAGGCGACAGAAAAGGAGCUGACUUCCGUUGUGGCAGAGAAUGGCACUGGCUUGGUAGGCAGCCUAGAGCUGGAGGAUGAGCAACCAGAACUGAAGAUGUGUGGCUACAAUGGCUCUGUCCCUUCUGUGGAAUCAUUACACCAAGAGGUCUCGGUCUUGGUCCCUGAUCCCACAGUGAGUUGCUUAGAUGAUCCUUCACAUCUUCCUGAUCAACUGGAAGACACUCCAAUCCUCAGUGAAGUCUCUCUGGAGCCCUUCAAUACUCUUGCUCCAGAGCCAGUGAGUGGAGGACUUUAUGGCAUAGAUGACACAGAACUGAUGGGUGCAGAGGACAAGCUGCCUCUUGAAGACAGCCCAGAGAUCUCUGCUCUUGAUUGCCCUUCCCUCAAUAAUGCCGCUGCCUUCAGUCUCCUGGCAGAUGAUAGUCAGACAUCAGCCUCUAUCUUUGCCAGUCCCACCUCUCCACCUGUCCUUGGAGAAUCUGUCCUCCAAGAUAACAGCUUUGACCUGAAUAAUGGUAGUGAUGCAGAACAGGAAAUGGAGACUCAGACUUCAGAUUUCCCACCACCCUUGACCCAGCCGGCCCCUGACCAAUCAUCCUCUAUUCCUCUUCAUCCAGCAGUCUCACCAGCAGUCUCGCCAACAGCCUCGCCAGCAGUCUCCUUAGCAGUUUCUUCAGCACCUUCCCCAGCAAUAUCUCCAGAAGUUUCCCCAGGAGUUUCCCCAGCAGACUCCCCAGAAAUAUCCCCAGCUCUCUCCCCAGCAGCUUUCCCAACAGUCUCUCCAACUUCCUCAGCAGUGCUCCCAACAGUCUCCUCCGAGGUCUCCUUGACAGCUUCCCCGGUGACCUCCCCCAAAGCAUCCCCUGCACAUUCCCCAGCAGCUGUCUUCUCAGCAGUCUCCCCAGCCAAUAAGGAUGUCAGCAGCUUCCCCGAGACUGCUGUUGACCUGCAAGAGAUCACUAGAGAAGGAGCCACUCUUUCUGCAAGUGGUGAUGGUCUGAGAAGACGCAUUGCUACCCCAGAAGAUGUUCGUCUUCCCCUUCAACAUGGGUGGCGGAGAGAGGUGCGCAUCAAGAAAGGCAGUCACCGAUGGCAAGGGGAGACCUGGUAUUAUGGUCCAUGUGGAAAAAGGAUGAAACAGUUCCCAGAAGUGAUCAAGUACCUGAGCCGCAAUGUGGUACACAAUGUCCGUCGUGAGCAUUUCAGCUUUAGUCCCCGUAUGCCUGUUGGAGACUUCUUUGAAGAGAGGGACACCCCAGAGGGUUUGCAGUGGGUACAGCUUUCAGCAGAGGAAAUCCCAUCCAGGAUUCAGGCAAUUACUGGAAAACGGGGUCGACCUCGAAACACUGAGAAGGCCAAGACCAAGGAAGUUCCCAAGGUGAAACGGGGCAGAGGUCGGCCACCCAAGGUCAAAAUCACUGAUCUGUUGACUAAGACAGAUACCCGCCUCCUAAAGAAACUGGAGGCUCAAGACACACUGAAUGAGGAGGAUAAAGCGAAGAUAAAUAAAAUCAAGAAGAAGAUAAAGCAGAAGGUACAACGGGGAGAAAGUCAGACAACUGUCCCAGGGCAGGCCAGAAACAAACGGAAACAAGAAACCAAGAACUUCAAGCAGAAAGAAGCUAAGAAGAAAUCCAAGUCUGAAAAAGAGAAGGUUAAAACAAAACAAGAAAAACUUAAGGAAAAGGUUAAGAAGGAGAAGAAAGAGAAGGUAAAAAUGAAGGAAAAGGAAGAUACAGUCAAAGCCAAGGCUGCUAGUAAAGCAGAUAAAACCCUGGCCACCCAGAGGCGCCUAGAGGAGCGACAGAGGCAGCAGAUGAUUCUGGAGGAGAUGAAGAAGCCCACAGAAGACAUGUGUCUCACUGACCACCAGCCCCUGCCUGAGUUUUCACACAUCCCUGGUCUGCUCCUGCCCAGUGGGACCUUCUCCAACUGCUUGACCAUUAUAGAGUUCCUGCAUAGCUUCGGCAAGGUGCUGGGCUUUGACCCGGACAAAGAUGUGCCCAGCCUGGGGGUCCUCCAAGAGGGACUCCUGUGUCAAGGCGACAGCUUGGGCGAGGUGCAAGACCUGCUUGUGCGGCUUCUGAAGGCUGCGCUCUAUGACCCUGGGUUGCCCACCUACUGUCAGUCCUUAAAGAUCUUGGGGGAGAAGAUCUCGGAGAUCCCAUUGACAAGAGAAAACGUGUCCGAGAUCCUGCGCUGCUUCCUCAUGGCGUACGGAGUGGAGCCGGCCCUCUGUGACAGCCUGCGGACUCAGCCUUUUCAGGCCCAGCCACCACAACAGAAGGCUGCAGUCCUGGCCUUCCUUGUGCAUGAGCUCAAUGGCUCCAGUCUCAUCAUCAAUGAGAUCGACAAGACUCUAGAGAAUAUGUCCAGCUACAGGAAAAACAAAUGGAUUGUUGAAGGCCGUCUCCGGAGACUAAAAACUGCUCUGGCAAAGAGAACUGGGCGGCUCGAGGUAGAGAUGCCGGGGUCAGAGGAAGGCUUGGGACGGAGGCGCAGUUCUCGAAUCAUGGAAGAGACCAGUGGAAUGGAAGAGGAGGAAGAGGAGGAGGCCACUGCUGCUGUCCAUGGUCGUAGGGGUCGAAGAGAUGGAGAGAUUGAUACCACAACAUCUAGCAUUUCAGAACUAGAGCGCCAAAUAGAAAAACUCAGCAAGCGACAGCUCUUCUUUCGCAAAAAGCUGCUUCACUCCUCCCAAAUGCUUCGGGCAGUCUCCUUGGGUCAGGACCGCUACAGACGCCGCUACUGGGUGUUGCCCUGUUUGGCUGGUAUUUUUGUGGAAGGAACAGAGGGAAGUUCAGUUUCUGAGAAUGUGAUAAAGCCGGACCCCGACGCCUUAAAAACAGCAACCCCUACAGCACCUGCAGCCUCUUCUGUGAAGAAGGAAUCGGCUGGUUCCAGCACCCCUGCCACUUCUCCUCCCCGGGCCCGAGGUCGACCUCGGAAAACUAAACCUGGGUCUUUGCAACCUAGGCACCUUAAAUCCCCUGCCAAGGAUAGGGCUUCAGAACAGCCCCCACUAGAGACACAACCCCACCCUCCCCUACAGAUUUAUGCGCAGUCCCAGCCCCAGAUGCUGAUUCAACCGCAGUCCCAGCCUCAGCCUCAGUCCCAGCCUCAGCCUCAGCCUCAGCCCCAGCCCCAGCCCCAGCCCCAGCCCCAGCCCCUGUCCCAGUCCCAGUCCCAGUCCCAGUCCCAGUUCCAAUUCCAACCCCUCAAUGGCUUCCUAGAACCGGAAGGUUCCCCUUUGUCUCUGGGUCAGAGCCAGCAUGACCUCAGCCAGUCAGCUUUCCUCUCUUGGCUGAGCCAGACUCAGAACCAUGGCUCCCUCUUAAGCAGCUCAGUCCUCACACCUGACAGCAGCCCAGGAAAACUGGACCCAAUCCCAUCACAGCCACCGGAGGAGCCGGAACCUGAUGAGACAGAGUCCAACCCUGAUGCUCAAGCUUCCUGGUUCAGCUUCUCAGCUCAUAUGCCCUGCAAUGCUGCCCCCACACCACCCCCUGCAGUUUCGGAGGACCAGACUACUCUCCCACCUCAACUGCCAGCCUCUUCCAAGCCACUUUCUUCUACUUUGCCUGGGGUAGCCUCAAAGAGGCGAGCAGGAGAGCCUGGAGAAACACUGCAGAAUUCCACCGGGAUGGGCCAGCCAAGACGGAGAGGAAGACCUCCUAGCAAGUUCUUCAAACAGAUGGAGCAGCGUUACCUUACCCAAUUGACUGCCCAGCCUGUCCCCCAAGAGAUGUGCUCAGGCUGGUGGUGGAUCCGAGAUCCUGAAACAUUGGAGGCCAUGCUCAAGGCUCUGCACCCCCGAGGCAUUCGGGAGAAGGCACUUCACAAACACCUGAGCAAGCAUAGGGACUUCUUACAUGAAGUCUGCCAACGGCCCUCAACUGACCCCAUAUUUGAGCCCAGUCAACUGCCUGUCUCUCAAGAAGGCGUUAUGAGCUGGUCUCCCAAAGAGAAGACAUACCAGACAGACCUCGCUGUGCUGCAGUGGGUAGAGGAGCUGGAGCAGCGGGUCAUCCAGUCUGACCUACAGAUUCGGGGCUGGACAUGCCCUAACCCAGAUUCUACUCGUGAAGACUUGACCUACUGUGAGCAUGUUUCCGACUCUAAGGAGGAUAUCACCUGGCGAGGGCGAGGCCGGGAAGGUCUGGCCCCCCAGCGUAAAGCCACGAACCCUUUGGACCUGGCUGUGAUGCGAUUGGCUGCUCUAGAGCAGAACGUGGAACGCCGGUACCUGCGGGAGCCCCUCUGGCCCGCUCACGACGUGGUGCUGGAGAAGGCCCUGCUUAGCACACCCAAUAGUGCCCCCCAGUGUACCACUACGGAAAUAUCAUAUGAGAUCACCCCUCGGAUUCGGGCUUGGCGCCAGACACUGGAGCGAUGCAGGAGUGCAGCCCAGGUGUGCUUGUGCCUGAGCCAACUGGAGCGGUCCAUUGCCUGGGAGAAGUCUGUCAAUAAAGUGACCUGUCUAGUCUGUCGGAAGGGUGACAAUGAUGAGUAUCUUCUGCUUUGUGAUGGGUGUGACCGUGGCUGCCACAUCUACUGCCAUCGGCCCAAGUUGGAGGCAGUCCCAGAAGGAGAUUGGUUCUGUGCUGUCUGUCUGGCCCAGCAUGCAGAGGGAGAAUUUGCUCAGAAGCCUGGUUUCCCAAAGCGAGGCCAGAAGCGGAAAAGCAGUUACACGCUGAGCUUCCCAGAGGGUGAAGGCCGCCGACGCCGAGUACUAUCCAGGGGCCGCGAAAGCCCAGCAGUGCCUCGGCACUCAGAGGAAGGGCUGUCCCCCUCCAAGCGACGGCGACUCUCCAUGAGGAACCACCACAGUGAUCUCACGUUCUGCGAGAUUAUCUUGAUGGAAAUGGAGUCCCAUGAUGCCGCCUGGCCUUUUCUGGAGCCCGUUAACCCACGGUUGGUGAGCGGCUACCGGCGGAUCAUCAAAAACCCCAUGGAUUUCUCCACCAUGCGAGAGAGGCUGCUCCGGGGAGGGUACACAAGCUCCGAGGAGUUUGCCGCGGAUGCGCUCUUGGUCUUUGACAACUGCCAGACCUUCAAUGAAGACGACUCGGAAGUGGGCAAGGCUGGGCACAUCAUGCGCCGCUUUUUUGAGACCCGCUGGGAGGAAUUUUAUCAGGGAAAACAGGCCACUCUGUGAGGCAAGGGAGAGGGGAAGUCGCCUGUGGCAUUUCCCUCCCCUUCAAACAAAACAACCUGCCAUUCUCACCCUGCUGAUGUUGCCCAGGGUCCAAACUCUAGUCAGAGAUAGAACCUGGGGCAGCGCCCUACAUCUUCUAUCCCUCUGUCCCUUUCCCCUUUCCUCCUCUGACUCCUCAAGUAAGAGGGGUAGAAAAGUGGUCCUCCUGGACUGAAAGCCAAAAAAAAGAAAAGAAAAAAAUAAUUUUCCUUUCUGUUUUUAUUUUCUAAUGAAAAGUGAGGAAGAAAGAAGUCCCUCCUUCCUCCUCCAGCUCCCUCUCCUUCCCCUGUACACGCCCCAGCAGUCUGGGGCUAUUUAACAAUAGCAAUAGUUCUAGUGAAUGUGUGAAACCGAGAAACACUCUGUACUGUGUGUGGACCCGCAGUGACGGCCAGUAAAGUGGACUUAACUCCCAAGUGUGUCGAGCCGGACACCGGGCCCUGAACAUGCUGCUCCCAUGUUCAGUCCUCCCCUGCUUCUCACUUUCUUUCAUUUUUCUUCACCACACCCCCCUUUAUUUUUUUGUUUCAGAUGUCCCCCUCAUCCAAUAAUGUAAAAACUAUCGUGUACGGGUUCCUCCAUUCUUUUUCUUUUUUCUUUCCCCAAAUCAUUUUUCCCUUCAGGGAAAAACUGUUCAGAGGUCCGUGUCUUUGUCGUUGUCUUCAUCUUCCAAUAGCUAUGCCCUGUAUAAUGUUCGAUACUCCUCACGUGCUGUGUUUCUAGCCUUUUCUGAAACGCAGCAGCUGGGGACGGGGCAGGGAAGGCACCCCAGGGCCUCCCAGCCUCCUUCCCCACCUCUUACCCGAACCUCCCUCUUGGGAAUUCCUCAGGGACAACUACUGCUGAGUUUGGGCACACCCCAAGAUGGAGACCAGGUAGCAAUCGACUGGCCUCAGAGAGAGAGGUGUGUGUGUUGUGUGUGUGCGUGAGAGAAUGCUGUGAAUGGGUCUGUGUUGUUGGAUGGCAUCUGUUCCGUUUCCCCAAGUAUUUGUGUUUAUUCCCACUCUCCCCAUCGCUUUGAACCACCACUUGUUGUCUUGGGAAGUGACAGGAACAGUUUUUUCUGGGUACAAGUCUGUCUCCUCUCUCUUCCAGUCAUUUCUGUUCCAGCCUCUUCAAACUGUGCAAUCUUUCAGCAGGAACUCCCUCUCUCUUCAGUAGCUUCGAGUGCUAAGCUAAGCUUUUGCAGGGAGAGGGCUAGAACUGGAUCUUCUCCUAAUCCCGCGAGCUUCUGUGGGUUUGGUUGUGCUUUCCUUCCUUAUCUCCCCCAGACCCCUUCCCCAGCAGCAGAGACUCCAGAGCACAAGAGAGGAGGGAGGAAGGGUUCUGGGUCCACCACUGCCCUACGUGUGACUGUGUCUGAAUUCAGCCCCAACGUGAGAGGAAAGCUGCUAACUCCCAGCUAUAGCCAUGGGCCCCAGGCCCCCUGCUUUCCUGCUCAGCAGAGCCCCUCCCGUCAGAGAUACGGGUACUUGCACUGGGGAGGUGGCUGCUGGCUGGCCCAAGCAGAGUGCUGAGGCGUCCACGCAAUGUGCCAUUGGUGGGGCGGGGGUGCCGGUGCCGGCGCAUUCCCUUGUACUUCUGGCAGCACUGAAUAGCCACUGAAGGGGGUGGGGGCAGUGUGGGUCCUGGGGCAGCCCUUGAUUAUUCCUUUACGCCUCUUCCCCCCAUAGCCUAUUUCUAAAGUCGCCUUUUCUGUCAGAUAAACCUCAAAAUUUAAUUUUAUUUGAGAAUUUUUGUUUUGCUUUUAAAUAAGAGGUGGAUUGAAGAAUAUUUGAAUUGACUUUAUAUUAUGCAUAAAUAUUUAUAUUUUAUCUAAAUAACUGCGCUGUAACAAACUUUGUGUUAGUCAGAUGUUGGAACUGUUUAGAGCUCGGGGCUCGCCUUUUUUCCCCAUGGCAGUUUGCUCCGGUGUAAAAUGUACUAAUUUGACUGGAGUGAGGUGGACGGGGGAGUGAAACCUCCGUUGUUCGUGUUCCUCUCCUAGCACCAUCUCUCUCCCACGGGACCAGGCACUCAGAAGGUGGGGUGGAGUCCUAGCCCCCGUCUGCAGAAGUGGGGGUGGGGGUGGGCAUGAUCAAGGGCCAUUUCUCACUUUUCUUUCUUCAUCUUCACUGCCCCUUGAGCUAGGUGGAUAUGCUCUCGAUAAAUGAAGAGUGUAAGAGUAUUUGCUAGGGAAGACAGGUUUAAAAAAAAAAAAAAAAAAAAGCCACCCACCCACCCCUUUGUCUCUCUUCCCCCAUCAGUCUGGAAACAGGAAGAAACCACACCAUCCACACCAAGUUUCCACGUUCCUUUUACAACAAAGGGACUUGACUUUUUAUAUAACCAAAUGUGGUGUUUUAGUGACUUUUUGAUAAUGUACAGUUUUUUGUGAAUUUAAAUUUAUUUCUUUCUAUAUUUUUAGGACCAAUCUCAUUUUUAAUAAGGUUAAAAAAAGAAAAAAAAGUCUAGAGAAAAAAACCUCCUGUUUUUUGCCAUGUGAUGUUCUACAAGUGCAGCUGUAGAAAAGUGCUUGUCAGUUGAAUAAAAACCACAUUUGAUAGAGA